UACGCAGUUCGAUACGUGUUUACGUAAGAGACGUCCUCACUAGUGAUAUUACGUAAAUUCCAAAAGACAGGAAGUUUGAUGUGGCUUUGCUUGCUAUCAAAAUGUCAGCCAUUUUCAACUUCCAAUCACUGCUAACCGUGAUUCUCCUGCUGAUCUGUACCUGUGCCUACAUCAGAGCGCUCGCUCCCAGCCUGUUGGACAAGAAUAAAACCGGACUCCUAGGAAUUUUCUGGAAAUGUGCCAGAAUAGGUAAGCGGAAGAGUCCCUGGGUGGCCUGCUGCUGUGUCAUCAUGGCGUUCAGUAUAUUGUUUCUACAAUAGCGCAGUGGCUGGAACAAUUACAAAUGG